UAGAAAGUAUACUAUCUGUGGUGGAAAGUAGGUUGGAAUCUGCCAACUGCCAGCUGGGCGGAUCCGAAAUAUUUAUAUUUUUUAAUUACAUAAAUUUAUAUUAUAGCGUCGCUCUGAAAAAUUGCUUUAUUAAUUAAUUAUUAAAAUAGUGAAAAGUUUUUAGUUACAUAGCAGGCCUAAUAAGUAAUAUUUAAUGAGCGAGCCAGUGGCCGCAGUCACGCGUACGGGUCUCGCUGCUACUGAAGAUUAUAAUAUGACACUGAAAAAAACGUAUGUAAAUAAAUAAAAAUAAAAUUGAACAAUGCAGCAAAAAUGGUAAGAGAAGAAAGGAAAAGUCGGACAAAGAAGGAAAGAAUAGUAUGGGGAGCGAGCAACUAGUGCAAGUUGCAACGUAUUACCACGUUAUCGGAGCAAAGGCUAUGCAAUGUAAUAAGUCUACUUUUUCGUGAGUCUUACCCCUAAAGGCCGAAGAAGUAUGAGUGGCAACAGCCUUGAUACAGUUUUUUUUAUUCUGGCGGGACACGUGUGAAUUUAGUACAUUAAAUAGUUACGGCCUUCACGCUCAGUACGCGGUCAGCCGGUGGAUAACUUUCACAUACAGACAGUAUAUGCUGUGUUGAUUACGCACAUAAUAGCAACGUCUUUGUUGUUGCGUGUGUGUAUGUGUGGGCCUGGGUGACUAAUGCGAUGGAUGAUAAAGAUCUUUGAUUUAAAUUAAUUAAGUGAUACGCAGCCAAGACAAAGUGGAUGAAGAAUGAAAUUGGCUGUGGAUCAUACUUCUCCAUCGACUAAGCCGCCAAUUACUGAAACGGAAGAGGUUAAAGAUAGCCCAAUCCCAUCACCUGACUUAUCAGUCAUUCACGUUCAUGGCAGUACUUCGCCUCCACCCAUAGAUUCGGAAUACUCUGAGAUCUCGACCAAAAAUAACGUUACGACUAAAGCAGUGGUCGCCGAAAAGGCAGAGGGUCUGCCCACGCCCGACCGGGCUUUACUCGCCAAGCUGGAGGAGGCUAACAGGAAGAUCGAGGCGGACUCCAAGUGCCCCUCGCUCAACGCAGCCAGCAGAAAGAACUCCGAAACAUCACUCGCAUCAGCUACCUCGAGUCAGGAAGAUACGCGAGUGGCUGGUAGCAGCGAAGAAGAGAUAUGGAUUCUCUGGGGCAGAAUUGUCAGUAAUUGGGAGACCGAGUGGCGAAGACGCAAUCAAUUUGUGAGAGAUCUGGUUAGAAGAGGUGUUCCACAUCACUUCCGAGGCAUCGUGUGGCAGCUAUUGGCCGGGGUCGAAUGCUCUCCGGAAAAAAAGCAGUAUGCUUCGUAUAUUAAGGCGAAGUCAGCUUGUGAAAAGGUUAUUAGGCGUGACAUCGCGCGCACUUAUCCGGAGCAUGACUUCUUCAAGGAAAAAGAUGGCUUGGGCCAAGAGGCUCUCUUCAAUGUGAUGAAGGCGUAUUCCCUCCACGACAGGGAAGUGGGAUAUUGCCAAGGCUCAGGGUUCAUAGUUGGACUUCUAUUGAUGCAGAUGCCAGAGGAAGAGGCGUUUGCGGUUCUCGUAAAGAUUAUGCAGCAGCACAAAAUGCGGGACAUGUUCAAGCCAAGUAUGGCGGAGUUGGGACUCUGCAUGUACCAAUUGGAAAACUUAUUGCAGGAAAUCUUACCUGAUUUACACGUUCACUUCCAGUCACAGAGUUUCAGCACAUCGAUAUACGCGAGUAGCUGGUUCCUGACUCUGUUCACAACCAACCUGUCUCUGCCUUUGGCCUGUCGCAUCAUGGACGUCUUCCUCUCCGAAGGGAUAGAAGUUGUGUUUAAGGUAGCCCUGGCGCUCCUUACGCUCGGAAAGGAACAUCUUCUGUCCUUGGACAUGGAAAACCUUCUCAAGUACAUUCAAAAAGAAUUGCCGGUGAAAGCCGACGCAGACCACGAUGCAUUUAUGGAAUUGGCGUACUCCAUAAAAGUGAACCCGAAAAAGAUGAAAAAGCUCGAAAAGGAGUACACCGUCAUAAAGACAAAGGAACAGAGCGACAUUGCUGUUUUGAGAUGCCUGCGUGAAGAGAACCGUAUCUUGAAGAAGCGCAUGCAAUUCCUCGAACAGGAGUGUUCAGAGUUGGCGGCUCGCUUAGUUCGGGGCCAAGUGGACCGAGCUCAUGGAGAGGAAGAGACCUUCGCGCUAGAGAGGGAGCUCCACGCCCUGCGAUGUGCCAAUCUUGACGCUCAGCAGGCGUUGGCCGACGCUCAUGAAGAGAUACGCUCCUUGGAAGUCACUCUGGCGGAGUGCAACUCCCGCCAAUCGUCCCUGGAGGGCGGGGAGGGGAGCGAGGGAGGCGAGGGUUGCUCCGGCGGCUCCGGUGACAAGGAGGAAUUGGCGCGGUGUCUGCAGCAGGAGCUGGUGAGGGCUAAGCUGCAGCUCGCCGAACGAGAGGCGGCCGAGAGGGAACUGGCCGCAAGAUUAGCCGACUUGGAGAACGACAAUAAGCUGUUACGGAAGCAGACCGUCGACAAUAACGUCGCACAUCUGCAGGACGAACUGAUAGCAGUGAAGUUGCGAGAGGCGGAAGCCAAUCUCUCUCUGAAGGAAUUGCGGCAGCGCGUCACCGAGCUUGCCGACGCAUGGCGGCGUCAUCUCCAGGUAUUGACGCGAACCACGACGUGUACACACACGAGGGACAGGGGCCUAACCAUGUCGAUUUAUCGUCAGGAACACCGGGCUGAGGCGGCGGCGACAGCAGCGGCGACGGCUCCUUCGGUAGUGUCGGACCUCAUGGCCACGCCCAAGAAGUUGCUUCGGGCGUGGGAAGGUCGCGCUGCCGACGCCCACAGGGUGGAAGACGAGCUGAUGACCACCCGCAUCCGGGAAGUCGAAGCUCUCACCGAACUCAAGGAGCUGAGGCUCAAGGAAAUGGAGCUGAGCGCUCAGGUGCAAGUGUCGAGCAACCAAUUGCGUCGUCAAGACGAGGAGGCAGUCGCUUUGAGAGAGGCUCUCGACGCGGCUCUGGCUCGCGAGAGAGCGCUCAUCGCGAGGCAGCGCGAGUUCCAGCACAAGUACGAAGACCUCGCGGGCAAGGCGAAAUACGAAUCGAUGCAGGCGUCGAUCAAGAACAUGGAGGUGUCUCAGCGGAUCGCCGAGCUGGAGAACGAGCUCUCCGAGUGUAAGAUGAAGACGGAGGUGAUGGCUGCGGAGGGGGAGCUGAGGAACCACAACUCUGACGACUCGGAGCGAGUUCGCGAGCUGCAGGAGCAGGUCGCCGAGUUGCAUGCUGAGGUUAUGAGACUAGAGGCGUGGAAAGCGCGCGCCCUCGGGCUCACGCCCCUUCGCGGUGUGUCGCCCGAGGAGGACCCGGAGGAAGACGACGGACCAAAGUUCGUCCGCCAAAGGAGAUCCUCCGCCUCGCGGCCGCCUUCGGACGUCGAGGAAACGUAACACGACCGCCUCUCCCGCGGACGAUCCGGGUCAAAGGACGACCACGGACCGUCUCGACGUACUUAACUCGACGCGUGAGCGACCCGUAUCGUGGCAAUAUCUUAUUUAGAAUAGAUGUAAAAUAGGUCAUCGCUGUUGAAUCAUGUUUUUAUACGAAUCAAAUAUUUAUUUAGCGGAGGGAGACGUUUCUCUUCGCCUCUCGCGUCUUCCUUCGAUAGUUUAUUUAACGUUAACUGUGGUAGAUCAGUAGUUCUCUUGCGUGGUGGCGAGGCUAUCAAACGUCUAGUUAGGAUUAACGAAUUUAACAAUUUUGUACGAAGCGAUUGACGGUAUUCCUCGCUUUGAGAUGACGAUCUCUCUCUCAGUAUUUAACCUUAUCUAUAAGACGAGUCAAUUGUGGAACCUUUUUUAGUGACGUUCCAAAAGGAAAUACAUAUUUUUUACAACUUUU